AUGCCGGAGCAGCUGAACGAGCUAAUGGAGUACAAGAAGAAGGACGCGGUAAAGGCACUGGAUGACAAAUUUGGCGGCGUCAAAGGACUCUGCCUCAAACUGGGCGUAGAUCCUUUUGAAGGCUUGCAAAGCAACGAGGAGGACCUUGCCUUUCGUCGGACUGUCUACGGGGACAAUGAAAUCGCGCUCAAAAAGUCGAAACCUUUUCUCCACCUCGUCUGGGAAGCGCUGCAGGAUAAAACCUUGAUCAUGCUGGAGAUCUCUGCACUGAUCAGCCUUGCUCUCUCUUUUUACCGGCCCAAACCGGAGGAUGAGUUUGAUGACGAGGGCAAGGAGGACUACGAGUACGGUGUGGACGGCGGCGAGGACAAGUACGGCUGCAUUGAGGGCAUCGCCAUCAUCAUCAGCAUUGCCAUCAUCGUGCUCGUCUCUGCUGUGAACGACUACAACAAGGAGCGGCAGUUUCGAGGACUUCAAGCGCAGCUAGAGAAGGAGAGUAAGGUGAACGUGCUGCGCGACAAGACGAUUGUGGACAUGUCAGUGCCCAGUCUGGUGGUGGGCGACAUUGUCAUGCUGAAGAUAGGCGAUGUUGUUCCAACUGAUGGAAUAAUUUUUGAGUGCAACGAGCUGAAGAUCGACGAGAGCUCGCUGACGGGCGAGUCAGAGCUGGUGAACAAGAGCCUGGCCACCGACCCGGUGCUCUACUCGGGAACGCACGUCAUGGAGGGCAAUGGGCGCAUGGUGGUCACCGCAGUGGGCAUGCACUCCCAGUCAGGGAUCAUCUACUCGCUGCUGGCGCAGAAGG